UUUUCUUGGUUUUACACCGCUUCUUGCAGCAGUCGAGCGAAAUGCAUCUUGUCUAACAGGUGUUCUCCGAUGGACGGUGGCGUGCGGCGAUGAAUUAGCGAAAUCCGUGGGAUUCUCUCCUUUCACUAGCGCGAUGGAAGAAGACAACACCCUUGAAAGCUCUUACCACCCCUCUUUCCACUGCGCCGUAUGCCUGGAUCUACUCUUCAAACCUGUUGUGCUUGCUUGUGGUCAUAUGUCAUGUUUUUGGUGUGUGCAUCGGGCUAUGCGUGGCUUUGGACCAUCCCGUUGUCCAAUAUGCAGACAGCGCUACAUUCAUUUCCCUAGCAUAUGCCAGGUGCUUCACGUUUUGGUUUCAAAAACGGAACCUGUAGCAUACAAACGAAGGGAAAAGGAAGUCCUAGAGGAAGAGAAACGCUGUCAUGUCUUCUCGCCACAAUUUAAUUCCCUAGACUCUAAGAACGUUUCUUGUGAUGAUAGUGGUUCAGGUGCUGUAAGAAAUACUGUAGAUUCUUUUGUGAAUCAUGAAAACAUCAGAACUAAUAUUUCAGAAGACAUUAGUUUGCAAAACCAUUGCUCAAAUAAUGAUAUUUCUAAGGAUGUUCUCUGCACCCUGUGCCAGGAAUUGCUAUUCCAGCCAACCGUGCUUAAUUGCGGUCAUGUGUUUUGUGAGUCUUGUUUGGCCGGAAUAGGCAGUGAAAUUCUGAUAUGCCCCAUUUGCCAAAGCAUACAUCCGGAAGAAUUUCCAAAAAUUUGUUCUGUUCUUGACCAUUUCUUGGAAGAACACUUCCCAAAUGAGUAUGCUACUAAGAAAGAGAGAUUAAAACAGCUUGAAAAAGUAAAGCUUCCCGGUGGAGGGCCAUCAUCCAGUGUUUCACGCACAGAUGUUCAUGGUUGGCUGGAUGUGUCAAAAGCUAAUGUUGGAGUUGGCUGUGAUUCUUGUGGGAUGUACCCUAUUACUGGGAAAAGAUACAAAUGCAAAGAUUGCAAAGAAGAAAUAGGUUUUGAUCUGUGUGAGUCUUGCUAUAAUACCAAUUCUAAGCUUGCAGGAAGAUUUAACCAGCAACAUAAACCCGACCAUCAGUUUGAACUCGAUGAUUCACGUAUGUUACGUAAGAUGCUCCUGCGAAGAUCAAUGGCAGAAGAACCAGACCAAGUAGAAGAUUUCUUUGAAGCCCACUUUUCUUUUCUUGAAGCGGAUCAAAAUGCUGGUGCCAAUGUCAGCAAUGAGAACGUUGAUAGCACUAAUUCUAGCGAAAAUGAAAACACAGAAAGAAGGUGAAUCAAUGAUGAUGAAGGAAUGAAGUAGAAGGUGAAUUGAUUAACUUUUUAUCCAUAUUUAAUGCAGAAUCAAUUGAUAUUCUGUUAAUAAAUAGGUAUAGAAAUGUGAAAAAAUGUUGUCCACUGUCUUUUCUACACACUUUACACUAUACUGAAUGAUGUUUAGCACUUCAUAAAUACUCACUAUUUUAUCCCAAA